AGAACUCUCCUUCCUCUUCCUCCAAUUCGGCCAUGGGCAAGUUCUCCCUUUCCUUCCUCCUCUUCCUCAUGGCUCUGGCCUUGCAGAAUGGCACCUGCAAUGCAGUAGCCCCAAGGAAGGCGGUGGGCAUCUACGAGCUCAAGAAGGGCAACUUCUCGGUGAAGGUCACCAACUGGGGCGCCAUCAUCACCUCUGUCAUCUUCCCUGACUCCAAAGGAAAUUUGGCCGAUGUGGUUCUUGGCUAUGAUCGACUUGGUCCAUACAUUAAUAAUUCGGUUUACUUUGGAGCUUUAGUCGGAAGAGUGGCGAACAGGAUUGCCGGGGGCCGGUUUGUUCUUAAUGGAACUGUGCAUCGACUGUACAGGAACGAUGGGAAUAACUCACUUCAUGGUGGACACAGAGGAUUCAGCCGUGUUAUUUGGACGGUGAAGAAGAUAGUAAAGGGAGAGUUCCCUUCCAUCACCUUGUACUACCGGAGUUUCGACGGAGAACAAGGGUUUCCCGGCGAUCUGGACGUUUACGUGACGUACAGCAUCUCCGGCGACUACCAACUGAGCGUGUCGAUGAGGGGAAAGUCGCUGACGAAGGCGACGCCGGUGAACUUGGCGCAGCACACGUACUGGAACCUGCGGGGCCACGACGGAGGCAGCAUCCUGUCACACAGAGUCCGAAUCUUCGCCUCCCGGAUCACCCCCGUCGACGCGGACCUCAUCCCCACCGGCGAGCUCGCGCCGGUCCAAGGCACGCCGUUCGACUUCCUCCGGCCGGAGACGGUGGGGUCGCGGAUCGACCGCGUCCCCGGCGGGUACGACAUCAACUACGUGGUGGAUUCGUGGGAGGGGAAGAGGUGGCUGAGCAGGGUGGCGACGGUGACGGCGGAGGAGACGGGGAGGAGGAUGGAGUUGUGGGCGGAUGAGCCGGGGGUGCAGUUCUACACGGGGAACUUCUUGAGAGGGGUGAAGGGGAAGGGAGGGGCGGUUUACGAGCAGCACGCGGGGCUGUGCCUGGAGACGCAGGGGUUCCCCGACGCCGUCAACCACCCGAAGUUCCCGUCGCAGAUCGUGGCGGCGGGGGAGGAGUACCAUCACAACAUGCUCUACCAGUUUUCCUUCUGAAGGCCGGCGGCCUGGCCUGCUCUGCUCUGCUCGCUCUUCUUGGGCUCGUCGAUCUACCGAGGGCCUGCAGCCGUUGAGCCCAAUAAAGCCCAUUCAUUUUGUCAAAAGCUUAAAGUUAUCUAGCAGCACUCAUCUUUCUCCAAGUUUGUUUCUAAAUGCCUAACCAAACAAACAAUAAAAACCACCCAGUUAUGCACUCUACUUUUCAAGUUACCAAAUCAAGGCCUCUUUGUUGUUUGUGACAAUUUCAUAGUCGACUCAGAGUUAAAGGGGGAGCAGUCGUGGCCCAACAAGGCGGUUAGCGGCCAGGAGUAGCCAGGGGGAGAGCAGUCCGAUCGAGGGGCGGUGUGACGGACACGUAGCAAGUGGAGGAUGCACAGCGCGCGUCCUCCUCCGCUGUUCGCGGCUCCCUGCUAUACAUGACAAACGCAAAUUAAAGCUCACCAUGUGGACUUGUUGGACAAGUUGACAUGAAGCUGACCCAUCCAAUUUGGCAGCGGCAACAACACCACCAACAAAGCGAGCGGGGUGUGUCGCAGUAGCACCGCGUGCAGUGCAGUACAGUGCGGUCGCCACCAUUCUCAGCGCGCUAAUUUGUCACAGCACUCGCUCGCUCACAUGGGGUGGUCUCUUUCCAUGCUCAUUCGGUGGUCGCCACCGCUCCACUCCAUGUGGAACGCAUCACAUGGUCGCUCGUACACGGCUUUGUCCUUCGUACCGAAAUCAACCCCAAGUUUUACCUCCUUACUUAGUCGCACCAAAAGGACACCUCCUUUAUAUAAAUUAUAAAGGUAAAAUUUAAUGGCAAAGGUAAAAUAAAGUUGGGAGGGCGGGGACAAAAUAAAAUCUCCUCCUAUUUCUCAGGGAACCGAAUCACAUGAUCUCUUUAAAUGGGCCAAUGGCCCACGAGCCGUCGGACGGGUCGCCAUCGCGAAAUUUAGGGAGUAAAUGAGGCCGACUCAUUCACACGGCGACUACGCAGCCAUUAACCGCGUUAACACGUGAUUAGAUACUUAAGACGGAGAUUAGCGGGCCCCGCUGCGUAUAAGACAAACGGGGAAUAAUGAGAACGAGGUCAUCCAUCCGCGACGCCGACACGGAGGCGACAGGAUCACAAGGCAUCUCUGGGGACGAGUGUUUCGCGAUUUUAAUACAAACCCCCCACGAGACUUAAGCCCCCUCGAUUAACAUUAAAGAAACAGAGCCAGGCUAGAAGGUGGGUCGCCGGACAAGAACACGUGGAGAGCCAGAAGCGCGUGGGCCAUGGGAGGGAAACACCGCCGCAUUGGCGGAGAAGUCGGGUGGCGAGUUGGGUCGGGUGAGGAGAACUAAAGGGAACAUCCCGGACCUACGCCUUUCUGUCGAUUAGCUUCCAUUGGUUUCUUCUCUUUCGUUCUCACUAUAAAGGUCGUCUUCCUUCGCCACCGCUUUCCGCCCCUUCCCUUCUCGUUCUAGAUUUAAGAUGUCGAGCCGGAGGAACAGGGUCUCGGAGGAGGAGAUCAAUGAGCUCAUCUCCAAACUUCAGUCUCUCCUCCCGGAAACCCGCCGCCGGGGCGCUGGCCGGGUAAGCAGCCAAAAGUGCAUGCACACAAUUAUCUACGUAGUUAAGGUACGAGUAUGACAGAGCAUUGCAUUAUCUACUAACCUCUCGGAUGGAGCAGGCGUCCGCGGCGAAGUUGCUGAAGGAGACGUGCAGCUACAUCAGGAGCCUAAACAGGGAGGUGGACGACCUCAGCGACCGGCUCUCGGGGCUCAUGGCGACGCUGGACAGCAACAGCGCCGAGGCGGAGAUCAUCCGGAGCCUGCUCCCCUCCUGAUUCAGAUUCCUGAUAGUGAGUUAGGACUUACUCCAGACGUAAAGAUAUAUGUAGUGUACGUACCUCUGUUCUGAAAGCCUAGGAGUUAGGAAGACGAAGCUAGCAGCGAUUUUCCUUACUCGAAGCCUGAUUCGAGUUGUUUUCUCUGUAGACAACCGACCGACACAUCUGCUUAAAAAAAUCAGUAAUGCUUCCCAUGUAAUCGAGGUUCGAGAUGUAGUGUCGUAUUUUACUAUCCACUGUCCGUCUCUUGUUCUUA